CACCCACCACUGACGCACUUCCAAAGACCCGCUGAAAUUCAAAGUGUAUUUGAAAAGGCGUCAAAUGAACAGCCGUACGAAUCUUUUCGCAGUUUAUGCUCAGUUUUGACUUGUUUGCUUGACCUACACGGACACUUCUGUUGAGGAAGAUCAUGGAUGGGGAAUUUCGAAGUGGGUUGGCGACAGCUUUGAAGAGACAUAGAGACCCUUUGUCUGACACGGAAGACAAUGUCCACUCGUCUGAUGUCAAUGAUGUUCAGAAAAGGCGUCGCCUGGAGUUGUUGGGCGAGGAGAAUGUCAGCCCUACAAAGAAGUUUUCAACUAGAGAUCGCCAUCGGUGUGCAGAGCUGGUGAAGCCUGACACACCUGCUCUCUGCUCUGUCCGCUCCAGAGUACAGCAACUAACCCAGAGACGUGAGGGAGGGCAUGUGCUGGCUCAGAGAUGCCUCUCUGAUCCAGGGUCUGGGGUACCAUCCAUUAAAUUCCAGGAUGGAUUCAAAGAGCACCAUCUUAUUGGUGAGGCAGAGUUCAGCUCGCGGGUGGAGCGGUUUAAAUCCCCCACCACUCCUCAGGCCAGCCCCCUGCCAGCCAACCGGUGGCCCCGUACCCUCUCCAACGCUGUUACCAACUUACAACUGAAACUCGAGGCCAGUGACACGCCCAGCUCCAAACAAGCCUCCCGCAUACGCCAGGAGAGGGAGGAGGAGCUGCGUCUCGUAAGGGCCCAGCCAAUCACAGAGAAUGUCUUCCUAAAGCGAAGCUUCUCUGAUUCCUCACUGACUGAGAGGGCGACCCCACCCGUCUCCUCAUUCUCCCCUUGGAUGAUGUUUAGACGUAGCAGGAGACUACAGUGGCCACCGUUCCAACCAUGGAAUCAGGCAGACCUCAAUGUGACUGGUGAUGAACCUUUUGGGGUGAAGGACGGCAGCUUUAUCGAGACAUCUGUCUUCACUAAGGUCGAUGGAGUGGAGCCUCCAAUUCAAUACACCGGUGAGGUGGCAGAGUCCUCAGUUCACAUGGAUGUCCCACCAGAAGAGGUGAAGGGGAGACACAUGGCUGAGCGACAGGCAGAGUGCACUAUGGUCAUUUGUCAGGGAACUUCUCUCCCAGAUGAACAACAUGAGGCAGCAGAGGGUCCUGUAGUGAAAGAGCAGCAAAAGGCAGUCUCUCCUGCUAGUGACAAGCAUGUGGAAAGGGAUUUAGUGGUGAAGUGCUAUGUUAAUGCUGAGUCCCAUUUAUUUUUAGAUAAUCCUGUGGCAAUGGAGUCAAAAGGAGAUGGUGAGAAGUUAGGUUCUUCUGUAGUUGAGCAGAUGGGGUCCCUACAAGAGAAGGAGAUGAGGUCUUCUGUAGUUGAGUUGGGGUCCUUUGUAGAUGAGGACAUUGUGGGUUCCCCUUUAGGUGAGAAACAGGUGGGGUCUGCUGUAGGUGAGGAAGAGGGGGUAGUUCAGUCCCAACUAGAGAAGGUUGGGGACUUAUUAAGUGAGAAGAUGGAGUCUUCUGGAGUUGAAGAACAAGGGAAAGCAGAAAGUAUUUUAGUUGACGUCCAGGGUGAGAAGUCUGUUCUAGGUGAAGAUCAGGGGGAGUUGGGUCCAGAGCAGGAUGAGGCCGCAAACGCAUCAGCUGUGUCAGACAGAGAACAAGGAGACUCUGAGCUGCUUACAGACGAGGAACCGACUGAUGAACCACAGUCAGAGGCCAGAGGGUUAAAGAAAGUCACAUUUAUCCUGGAGCCAGAAAUGAUCAAUGACUCAGCUCUGUCUGAGCUGGACUCUUCAUCUAGCUGGAAAAGAGAAAGUAUGUCAGAGACUGAGCUGAGCUCUCGCGAUGAAACCAACACUGCUGAGAUGAUUGACCUAAUGUUUGAUGAGGUGCUGGAGGCUGCUGCCCAGGGAAGGAUGGAAGAGGACACUGAGGAUCACAAUAGUGGCAUAGCUACAGCGACGUGUGGAAUAGAGGAAACAGACACAGAGUUGGACAAAGCUGAGGGUGAAGACCUGGAAGAAACCAAGGAACUGGACUCCAGUGCAGAUGAGCUGCUGUCCUUCCCACCCAGCUUUAUCCUCUCCCCUCUCAGCAAGUCUGUGGAAGCUGUGGUCACUCCUAUGAGACUUGCAGCCAACCCUCCAUCCCUACUUCUGACUCCUGAAGAGCUGACCACUCCCCCUGCUGAUAGUGCCCCUCUCUACAGCAUCGAUGCCUACCGCACCCAGAGACAGAGCACCAAGCCAGCCAUUCAGAGUGUAACCCCAAGGGUGCAGAGGCAUGCCGCUGAGAAGUCUCACCCCCAGCACUGUGUCAACACCAAGGAAAGGAUCAUGGUUCUGAAUGAGGAUGCUGCCAAGCUGCAGAUGGUCAUCAAACAGACGUUGCAGGCCCUGAGCUGCUGCACUGACGAGGACCACGGCAGGGGCUCCCUGGAGGAGGCAGAGGCUGAUAAACUGCUGCUCGUCUCCUGUGAGAAGCGGGCAGCCCUGCUGGCUGAGGUGGCCAGGCUGAAGGAGAGGGGGGGCUCAGUCUCUGAGGAUCUAGAGGGGGGUGAUGGUGAGGGGGACUCCGGCAUGUCCCAGCAGCCCUGCAGGGGCACCGUCAGCAUCAGCAGUGUCCAGCUCCCUCUCAAGGUGGAGUUUGUCUGCUCUGCCCGCACACAAACAGGUCGGCCCACUCAUUAUUUCUUUGUCCUGAUUCGUUAUGGACCCUGCAACAUCGUUGCGACCCCAUUGGCUACGGCAGUGGAUGCCCAGAAUGGCGACACCAUCUCCUUCCCCACCUCCAUCACCCUGCAGGACAUUCGCUCCAACUUUGAGAUUGAUGUGGAGGUCUACAGCCUGUCCCACACCUCAGGGAACACCUGCAAUGUGGAUCUCCGCAGCUCCACCAAGUCAAGGGUCACUCCAAGGAAGCUUCUAAGCACCAUCAAGAGAUCCAACCAAAAUGUAACAUCUUCUACCAUGCCGCCCCUAAACACCCAGCGCACCAGCAACUUCUCUCUGGUUGGUUCUCACAAGAUCUCCCUGGCCUCCCUGGGCCAGAGCAAGUUCCCCCUGGACAAGAUGAAGUUUGAAGGCAAAAUCAGGAGACUCCUGGGAGAUGAGUUUCAAGAAAAGGUGCCCUUCCUGUCUCCACUAGAGGGAAACAUAUACCUGCAACUGCACAGCGAGAGCCACUCUAAUGUCCAGCACCAGGGCUUCCUUACAAUGUUUGAGGUGGUGAAUGGAUUUGGAGCUUGGCAUCGGCGCUUCUUUGUCCUGGAGGGAAACCACAUGUCCUAUUGGAACCACCCCAAUGACAGAGGCAGCAAGGCAGCAGAAGGCAGCAUCUCCCUGUCUAGUUCCUCUAGUCAGAGUGUGAAGCCAGUGAUGAGAGACUCCUGUGCUCGCCCCUAUACUUUUGAAUUGGUCAGCAGCGUCCAGACUGCACAACAGGAUGACCAGGGCGCUCUGGCCAAGUGCUGGUUCUCAGCAGAUACUGGGGAGGAUCGAGGGGACUGGAUGGAGAACCUGAACCAGGUUCUCCUGGACCUGCAUACCUGGACUCGCUGUACCCCUGAACCAUGCUAAAGCAUAGCCCAACAACCAGGCCAGCUGUGGGAACAUGAGGGACAGCAGUCUGUAACACACAGUUAUAAUCAUAUCUUUAUGAAUUCUUAUUAUUACCAUUGGGAGAUUAUUUUAGACUUGGGGAUAUUUUGCCUUUCCUUUGAUUUGUCACCUUUCAAUAGCCAUUUAAAAUAGAGCUCCAUCUUGUUGCUUGAUAUGUAUACUAUUUACCUGAGCUUGAAGUAGGUGAUUUAAAUGAAUCCAUAUAAUCUACAAACACUAUUAAAUAUGUAUCAAACCUAGUGCAGAAGAGCACUAACACUAAACAAAUGAUUAGUACAAUAGUGUAGUUAUAAUUUUCAUUAGACUAACAGAAAAAUGCCAGACAUGGCUGCUGGACAAUAUGAUUUCACUACUACAGCAUUGCUGUAAUACCCUCAAGUGUAGAAAUGUCUCUCGGAAAUAAGAAAUCUGUACCUGACACAACCUACCUAAUCUAGAAACUUGUGAAUUUAGUGAUUCAACUAGAAUUGCAGUCAAGUUGAGUUAUAGUACUGUACUUGAAAAACUGAGCUAUCUGCUACAAGGUAAAUAUGGACUAUUUCACAAGUUAAAUUCUUCAUGUUCCUUCUAUUGCUGUGUUGUGCAUAACACAACAGGGGCCUGUCAACAAAGAUGGUACCCAAGCACUUCAAAUGGACUAUAGAAUGAUAAGGUGUAUAACGUUAGUGCUUCAUCUCAUGAUAAAUCCUAGUAGCAGCCUAAAAGGUGAAUGUAUAUGCUGACUGUAGUCAACCUAGUUUUUUGUUUUUCCUUCAUGUAUUUACUGUCAAUCGGUCAUUCUCUUUCUGUGUGUGGAUGUUAUCCCUAUAAAAUACCUGUCAACAUUG